AUGCGUUCUGCAUCUUGUGUUCUUUCUUUCUUUCUUUCUUUCUUUCUUUCUUUCUUUCUUUCUUUCUUUCUUUCUUCCUUUUUCUCUUUUCUUUCUUUUAUCUUUUUCUUUUCUUUUUCUUUUUCUUUUUUUCAUUUUCCUUCUUUUUCUUUUUCUCUUUCUUUUUCUUUUUUCCUUCUUUUAUUGUGCUUUCCUUUAUUUAUUUUUCUUUCUUUUUGUCUUUUAUUUUUUCUUUCUUCUUUCUUUCUUUCUUUUUUCCUCCUGUUUUCUUUCUUUCUUUUAUUUUCUUCCUUUUCUUUCUUUCUUUUUGGCUCUUUUUUGUUUUUUCUUUCUUUUUUUCUUUCUAUUUUUUCUUUUAUUUCUUUCUUUUAUUUUUUUUCUUUUUUUCUUUUUUCUGGCUCUUUUUUGUUUCAUUCUUUUUUCGUUCUGUUUUCUUUUUUCUUUCUGUUUCCUUUCUUUUAUUUCUUCCUUUUCUUUUCGUUGUUUCUUUCUAUUUUUCUUUCUUUUUCUUUUUUUCAUUUAUUGUUCUUUUUUCUUUCCUUCUUUUUUCUUUCCUUCUUUUUCUUUCCUUCUUUUUUUCUUUCUUUUUUCUUUCUUUCAUUUAUUUCUUUUCUUCCAUUCCUUUCAUUAGCUUACUCUCCCACCACCAUCUCUCUCACUGUCUCUCUCUCUCUCUCCAUAUCUUUCUUCCUCUUUCUCUCUCCCCCUUCCGCUUUAUUAAAACUUUAA